AUGGAAAAACCACGUAGCAAAUUUAUUGAUGGUGCUUUGCAAAUUAUCUCUGGUGGAUCUGCUGGUUUCAUCGAGGUUUGUUUUAUGCAUCCAUUGGAUUUGAUAAAAACACGAAUUCAAAUUCAAUCAAAUAAAACUUCAAUAAUUUUACCUAAUGGAAAUGAUUCAAAAUAUCGUUACAAUGGAAUCAUAGAUUGUUUAAUUAAAAUAUCUAAAUACGAAGGUAUUUCGUCUUUUUAUAAAGGCAUAUUGCCGCCUCUAAUGGCUGAAACUCCCAAGAGGGCAAUUAAAUUUUUUACUUUUCAGCAAUACAAAAAUUUAUUUUUAUUCGGUUCGGAAAAUCCGACUCCGUUAACAUAUUCACUCGCUGGAGCAUGUUCAGGUAUAACAGAAGCAGUUUUUGUCAAUCCCUUCGAAGUUGUUAAAAUUUAUUUACAGUCUAAUAAAUCAAAAAGUAAAGAAGUUCCUAGUGCCUGGCAUGUGACGAAAGAAAUUUACAAAUCUAACGGAUUCGGAUUAAACGGUUUAAACAAAGGACUCUCUGGUACGAUUGCUCGAAAUGGAAUUUUUAACAUGGUUUAUUUUGGAUUUUACCAUUCAGUUAAAGAUAUUUUACCAAAAAACAAUGGUAAAAUUGAAAAUUUUUUAGCACAUUUAUUAAUUGGAUUUACGUCCGGAUCUUUGGCAUCUUGUGUUAACAUUCCAUUCGAUGUGGCCAAAUCGAGAAUUCAAGCGCCUCAAAAUGAUGGAAAAUAUAAAAAACUUAUUCCGACCAUGCAAAUUAUUGCUCGAGAAGAAGGAUGGAGGGCUUUAUAUAAAGGGCUUUUACCUAAAAUAAUGCGACUCGGUCCCGGAGGAGCCAUAAUGUUGAUUAUUUACGAUUACAGUUACGAAUUUUUGAAAAACUUUUUAAAUGUUAUGCAACAAUAA